GGACCACUAGGCAUGUUCAGGAAAUUAAACAGGUGGAAAUUCGCGAACUCGGGCUGGGAACGGAUGUCUUUUACGACGAACACUAGAAAGGGUCCAAAGGCAACCACGGCGGCUGGAAUGAUGGCUGUCACUGUGGAGUCCGCCCGCUGAGAAAACCGCUCGCCGUGGGCGUCCAUCAGAGUCUAGACUACAGAGUCUCAGAGACUCAGCUCCGGCUCCCGUCGCGGAUCGAUCCAUCCAUGUCUCUGACCGAGGAGCGGAAGAAAGUCCCGAGUUAGCGGCUUCCACGCGCUCCGUUCCGCUUUCCUCGAGCUCUCGUCUGUUCCGCCCGACACGCGCUGGGUUCCGGCGUCCACGCGCGCCGUCCGUUAAGCGGUGAUCUUUCGUGUCUAGCUGGACAAGUCAAGUGACUUAAAACUAACUAGUUGGUUCGGCCGUCAGCGGUGACAUGGAGCGCGAAUUAGCUCGCGGCGGAGUUCCAGCUUUUACUCGUUGUUGUUGUUAGGUGACCAGGUUUUCUAAUGUUUGACAGUCUAAGUGGCAACAGUGUGUGCCGUCUGAUAACCGUACGUACGAUGACUUCGCCAUGAUGAUUAUGUCAAAGAACACUCUGGAAGUCGAAAUUUUUGUAUUUUUAAAAUUUUACCUCUGAAUUGACGGGCAGACUAGUCGAGUAGGUUGAUUAACCGCACAUCAGAUUGAAGAAGCGCAAUUUCCGUAACCAACUCGAACACACAGUAGAAUUUCUAAUCGCAAAAUAAAUAAUCAGUGAAAAUAACACACUAGUUACCCGAGAUAGUUAAGUUCUGUCGCGCGCGAGUGACUGUACAAGCUUUUUUUUUUUUAAAUUAAAAAAAAAAAAUGAAUGAAUGCUGGUCUAUGAAUGAUAGAACUAACAUUUGACAGAGAAGGUCGGUGUUUCGGUCUCCUUAAAGCUCCGGGGAUGUGUGUGUUGGCGUUGGGUUUAGUUUGGGUUGGUAUGGACUUACUUGACCUCUGAUUUUAUCCCUGUACACGUGACGUGGAGAGACUAGGGACCAGUUUCACAGUUUAAGGAGGGAAGGGUAUUGGAGACACACACACACAGACACACACGCCGACUGAGUGUUGGCCAGCCAGCGCCAUGGUGGGGGAAUCCAGUUUGAACGACUCCAACGUGAAGGUUGCCGUCCGAGUCCGACCCAUGAACCGCAGAGAAAAGGAGCUAAACACAAAAUGUGUUGUGGAGAUGGAGGGCAACCAGACCGUGUUGCAUCCAGCUGGUGGGAACCUUGGCAAAGGAGACAGGAGUCAGCCAAAGGUCUUUGCAUAUGACUACUGUUUUUGGUCAAUGGAUGAGUCCCAAAAGGACAAGUUUGCAGGUCAGGAUGUGGUCUUUCAAAGUUUGGGAGAGAGUCUUUUGCACAAUGCUUUCCAGGGCUAUAAUGCCUGCAUCUUUGCUUAUGGACAGACAGGCUCUGGGAAGUCCUUCACCAUGAUGGGCUCUGCUGACCAGCCAGGCCUAAUCCCACGUCUGUGCAGUGCGCUGUUUGAGCGUACCGAGCAGCAGAAGCGUGAAGGGGAGAGCUUCACUGUGGAGGUGUCCUACAUGGAGAUCUACAAUGAAAAAGUUCGCGACUUGCUGGACCCCAAGGGGAGUCGACAGGCCCUGAAAGUGAGGGAGCACAAGGUCUUGGGGCCAUACGUGGAUGGCUUGUCUCGCCUGGCAGUGGCCAGUUACAAGGACAUUGAGUCACUGAUGUCAGAGGGGAACAAGUCACGCACGGUGGCUGCUACCAACAUGAAUGAGGAAAGCAGCCGUUCCCAUGCUGUCUUCAACAUCAUCCUCACACACACGCUCAUGGACCUACAGUCAGGGACUAGCGGAGAGAAGGUGAGCAAGUUGAGCCUGGUGGACUUGGCUGGGAGUGAAAGAGCAGCCAAGACAGGCGCAGCAGGCGAGAGACUGAAGGAAGGCAGCAACAUCAACAAGUCCCUCACCACACUUGGCCUAGUCAUCUCAGCACUGGCAGAUCAGGGUGCGGGGAAGAACAAGAGCAAGUUUGUGCCCUACAGAGACUCUGUGCUGACAUGGCUUCUCAAGGACAGCCUUGGAGGGAACAGCAGGACGGCCAUGGUGGCCACAGUGAGCCCAGCGGCUGAUAAUUAUGAUGAAACACUGUCCACACUGCGCUAUGCUGAUCGUGCCAAGAGCAUUGUGAACCAUGCAGUGGUCAACGAGGACCCCAAUGCCCGCAUCAUCCGCGAGCUCCGGGAAGAAGUAGAGAAGCUGCGGGAGCAGCUUACGCAGGCUGAGUCCAUGAAGGCCCCUGAGCUCAAAGAGAGACUGGAAGAGUCAGAGAAACUGAUCCAGGAGAUGACAAUCACAUGGGAAGAGAAAUUGAGAAAGACAGAGGAGAUAGCACAGGAGAGACAGAAGCAGCUGGAGAGCCUUGGCAUCUCCUUGCAGUCAUCUGGUAUCCGAGUUGGUGAGGACAAGUGCUUCCUGGUCAAUCUCAAUGCUGAUCCUGCCCUCAAUGAGCUGCUUGUCUACUACUUAAAGGAGCACACCAAAGUGGGCUCAGCUGACUCCCAGGACAUCCAGUUGUGUGGGAUGGGCAUCCAGUCAGAGCACUGUGUCAUUGACAUCACUGCUGAUGGGAGUGUAAUUCUAACCCCUCAUCACAAUUCUCGAACCUGUGUGAAUGGCUCUCCAGUCACAAGCCCACUCCAGCUUCACCAUGGUGACCGCAUCCUUUGGGGAAACAAUCACUUUUUCAGGAUCAAUCUGCCUAAACGAACAAAGGAUGAAGGAGAAAGCAGUGCGAUGAAGAACAGUAACAGCAGCGAACAGCUGGAUGGUGAUGGUGACUCGGCCAGUGAGGUCUCCAGUGAAGUCAGUUUCAGCUAUGAGUUUGCCCAAACGGAGGUGAUGAUGAAGGCCUUGGGGAACAAUGACCCCAUGCAGGCAGUGCUGCAGAGCCUGGAGCGCCAGCAUGAGGAGGAGAAGCGCUCUGCUCUGGAGCGUCAGCGUCUGAUGUACGAGCAGGAGUUGCAGCAACUGCGCAGACGGCUAACGCCAGACAAGCAAGGAACACUGCCCCCACAGUGGCCUCAGCAGCACCACCGGAGCAUGGAGAGGCUGAGCUUGGGUGGGGGGGCAGGGUCGUCACCCAGUGCACAGCAGCGGCUGCGACAGUGGACAGAGGAAAGGGAGGCUAUGUUGACACGCAGCCUGAGGAAGCUGAGGGAACAGAUUGUACGAGCCAAUCUGCUAGUGCAGGAAGCUAACUUCAUUGCUGAGGAAAUGGACAAGAGGACAGAGUAUGGUGUCACCCUGCAGAUCCCUGCUACCAACCUCAAUGCCAACCGCAAGCGGGACGCAGUGCUCAGUGAACCGGCCAUCCAGGUGCGCAGGAAGGGCAAAGGGAAGCAGAUCUGGGCCCUAGAGAAAAUGGAGAAUCGGCUGGUGGACAUGCGGGAGCUCUACCAGGAGUGGAAGGACCAUGAUGAAGACAAUCCUGUGAUGCGCUCCUACUUUAAGAGAGCAGACCCUUUCUUUGACGAGCAGGAGAAUCACAGUCUGAUUGGAGUGGCAAAUGUCUUCCUCUCCUGCCUCUUCUAUGAUGUCAAGCUGCAGUAUGCUGUGCCCAUCAUCAAUCAAAAAGGAGAAGUAGCAGGACGGCUGCACGUGGAGAUGGUGAGGGUGAGCGGGGGCUUCGAGGAAGGUGCAGGUGGGUCUGAUGACUGCAGCUGGGAGAGUCCUGAGGGCGAGAUACAGGAACGCAAGCUAGUUUGCAUGAUAAAGAUCCUGCAGGCCACGGGCCUACCACGAUAUCUGUCCAACUUUGUCUUCUGCCAGUACUCCUUCUGGGACCAGGCAGAGCCCAUUGUGGUGGGCCCUGAGGUGGAUCCUGCCUCUUCCUCGCCCAGUGCGAAGGAACCCCACUGCAUGGUGGUGUUUGACAGCUGCAAGGAGUUAGCAGUGACUGUCUCUGAGGACUUCAUCGAGUACCUGACAGAGGGUGCAUUGGCUAUCGAGGUGUACGGCCACAAGCAGACCGAUCCCUGCAAGAAUCCGGCCCUUUGGGACCUUGGCAUUAUCCAGGCCAAGACUCGCACACUUCGAGACAGGUGGAGUGAGGUGACCCGGAGGCUGGAAAUGUGGGUGCAGCUGCUGGAGCUGAAUGAGAAUGGGGAAUACAUCCCUGUGGAGGUUGUGCCUGCUUCAGACGUACGCACGGGGGGAAUUUUUCAGUUGAAGCAGGGCCAAUCCAGGAGGGUGCUGGUAGAGAUACGCUCAGUGCAGGAUUCGGGCACGAUGCCUCUCAUUGCCGAAGCAAUUCUGGCAGUGUCCAUUGGCUGUGUGGAGAUUCGCCAGGCCCGUCCCUCAAGAGGGAGCGAAUCACAGGUGGAAGGUGAUGAGAUGGACAGCUAUCAGGAAAGAGACUUGGAAAGACUGCGGCAACAGUGGUUGACUGCCUUGACCAAGAGACAGGAAUACCUGGAUCAACAUCUUCAGAAGGUGGUUGACAAAACAGACAAGACCGAAGAUGAUGUGGAGCGAGAGGCCCAGUUAUUAGAGUGCCGUCUGACACUAACGGAAGAGCGCAACGCUGUCAUGGUCCCGUCGGCAGGGAGUGGCAUCCCUGGGGCACCUGCUGAGUGGGUCCCUGUACCCGGAAUGGAGAAACACAGCCCUGUCCUCUUCCUGGAUCUCAGUACGGAUGACUUCAACUCUCAGGACAACCUAGACCCGCCAGAGCCUGGGGGUUGGGAUGCUACGUUGAUCGGCGAGGAUGAGGAUGAGUUCUUUGACCUCCAGAUUGUUAAACGCUACGAUGGAGAGGUGAAGGUUGAGGCUUCCUGGGACUCGGCAGUGCAUGACUGCCCCCAGCUGAGUCGGGGUGUGGCACCAGACCAGCGGGUGUACCUCACAGUCCGGGUGGUAGUACAGCUGAGCCACCCUGAGGAGAUGCAGCUUGUCCUGCGCAAACGCAUCUGCGUGAACGUUACAGGCCGACAGGGUUUUGCCCAAAAUUUUCUGCGACGGAUGUCCCAGCGGAGCACCAUACCAGGUUGUGGAGUCACCUUUGAGAUUGUCUCCAACAUCCCCAGGGAUGCCCAAAGCUCAGAGGACAGGGAGAUGCUGGCCCGGCUUGCCACUAAUGCUGAGGACCCCAAAUCUGCCGACAGCGAGGCGGCCAUAGAGAAGUACCUGCGCAGCAUUCUGGCCGUGGAGAACAUUCUCACCCUGGACCGGCUGCGGCAGGAAGUAGCUGUGAAGGAGCACUUUGCAGGCAAGGGGAAGGGGAGCAGACGCAGCCUGAGCUCACCCAACGUACACAGGCUGUCCGGAAGCAGACAAGAUCUCUCCAUAAACUGUAUGCUGGAGGACAACAAGGGCCGCUGGGAGAGUCAACAGGACAUUUUCAGGACCUCACCUCAGUUGAGUCGCACUGCAGCCCGCAACUCACCUCCACAAAACAAGGACCCAGAGCCAGGUCUCUCAGGACUGGCUGCCUCUUGUCUUUCCCCAGUGAAGGCCUUAGUUCCCCAGAUGCCCAAGCUUCUCAAGUCCCUCUUCCCUGUGCGGGAUGAUAAAAAAGACCUUCGUCCAUCUCCCCAAGCACAGCAGCCCAUGCCCCGUAUCAUGGUACAAUCUACUGUCCAUCAGGAUGGCCCUGUUAAACCAGAGCUGGUGGCCGUAACAGGUCGGAGUGGCAUGUCCAGAGAGAGGUCAGUAGAUACCCAAGAUUCUCCACCUUCAUCCUCACAGGAAACGCAUGACAUAGCGCUCAGCCCUGCCAGCGAGGCCUCGAGUGGUUACUUCUCUACGAGUGUGUCCACGGCAACCCUGUCUGAGGCAUCCUCUACAGUUGGGGACCCAGCUGCCUACCCGUGUGCAGCGACAUUACCUCGCCAGGGUGGCUCUGACUGUGAGGAUGGUCUAGGAACCUCUCAUAAUCCCAUUUCCCUAGAAACUGGGGGAAAAAAUGGAGUCCGAGCCAUUGCUGAUAAACAAAAGGAAACUCAAAGAACUUUGACUCCCAUAGAUGUGAGAACCGCAACUCUUCAGCCCAGCGCAAAGAACGCCAUCCCCCCUGCAGCAAUCCCUCUGUCAACAUCAUUACCUGUCACUAAGAUGGCAGCGACCUCUGAUCUAAAGUCUUGUAGAAACAUCUGUGGUGUGGAGGAAGAAAUUGGAAUGACUGGUUUGGGAACAGAGUCUGGGGGGAGUCUGGAGAAGCUGGAGAUCACAACGGACUCAGAUGAGGGACAAGACACCAGCAUGCUUGAGUGGAUGAAGGUGGGCGCAUGUGUCACAGUGAGUAGUGGCAAGAGUGGCAUUGUGCGCUACGUCGGGCCCACUGACUUUGCAGAUGGCAUCUGGGUUGGAGUUGAACUGGAUACUCCAUCAGGUAAACAUAACGGCUCAGUUGGUGGCCACCAGUACUUCCAGUGCAGCCCUGGGUACGGGGUGCUGGUAAGGCCAGACACAGUGAGUUUUGGAGGGACAAAGUGACGUAUGGAGGGCUGCCAUGGUGACAGCACUCACACCGAGAACUGCCAGUCCUGGGACAGCUGAAGGGAGACUGUGUUGGUCACUCUGUCCCAGUAGCUGUAGCAGGGCCCCCAAGGUGCGCUGACGCAUUCCGACUUUCCCUGCAGAGCAGCAGCAUCCUGUGUUUCACCCGCUGCUUUCUCUCACAGACAGGAAGUGGCAAUGUUUGUCCACUCCAAAUACAGCAAAUUUUCACUAGUUCACAGAUUUUGUCCAUUUUAUCUAUUCCCUAUUUCUGACAUUGUUGCCCAGAAUGCAUUGUGCUGCUUCUGGCUUGUUCUUUUUUUGAGAAACCUUAAGAGUGCAACUGCUCUUCCUUACUUGCACUAUGGAAUGAUCCUAAUCCCUCAUUACAGAGGUAAACUCGUGCUCCCACUGUAAUCAAAUGACUGAUGUUCCAAAAUGUGCCUUUAAAAAAAAAAAAAAUCUCCCCUUUUGUAUAUACUGAGAUUGCCUUUGUCUACAUUGGAGCUGAUCUCAGGAGUAGUUCUGCAAGUUGGACACCCUACAAGUGCCUUCCACGAGUGUCAUUCAUGGCAAUCUAUGCACAAGGAAAUGUCCUGCUUAUAUUCUUCCUACAGCAAACAUUUCAGACAAAUUAGUUUUCCAGAACACUUCCUAUUUCCUUAUGAUUGGAAUGUUAGCAUUUAAUCAGACAUGAUUUGUGCAUAAAUCAUCUUUGGUGGU